AUGAGGUGUUGUAGAAAGAAGAAUGCCUCUCCCACAACCCGGACCAUAUAUCCAUCGACGACAGUGCAUUUUGAUGAGCACGGCCAGGCUUUCAACCCAAAUGCGCAGUUUGCUAACAAUCGCAUACGUACAACAAAGUACUCCAUUUGGACCUUUCUGCCGCUAAAUCUGUGGGAGCAAUUCCAUCGACUCGCAAACGUCUAUUUUGUGUUUAUUCUCAUCUUAAAUUUUAUGCCCGGUAUCGAUGCGUUUGCGAAGGAGGUUGCCCCUAUUCCUGUAAUACUCACUCUGGCAGUGAUUGCAAUCAAAGAUGGCUAUGAGGACUUCCGCAGACACCUCUCGGACAGACGCGUCAAUCGAAGAACGUGUAAAGUGUUCUCUCUAGAAAAGGCCUCUUAUGUCGAUACACGGUGGGAAAGUAUUCUUCCAGGCGACUUUGUCCGUUUGCACACUAACGAGAUGAUCCCGGCUGAUGUGCUUCUGUUGCAUUCGUCCAAUGUUGCUGGUAUCUGCCAUAUAGAGACUGCCAACUUGGAUGGUGAAUCGAAUCUGAAACAGCGCGAAUUGCUCGACCGUCAGUGUUCAAAAGAGGCCUUUUCCCCUCUAAGCUUCACUUUUCCCGCCGAAGUCGAGUCACCCAGUUCUGAGCUGUACAAAUUCAACGGGAAAUUGGUACGACCUGAUAGAGUCAUUCCAAUCCGCAAAAACAACAUGAUACUGCGUGGUUGCGUACUUCGCAAUACGGAUUUCAUCGAGGGAAUGGUGAUAUAUGCUGGUAGCGAGACCAAGUCAGCUUUGAACAAUACGGGCCCCCGCUUCAAACGCAGCAAGUUGGAGCACCGGAUUAAUUUGGAUGUUGCGUGGUGUGUCCUCAUCUUGGCAAUGAUUUGUUUCACUGGUGCUGUUGGUUGUGGUAUAUGGCAACAGAAUCUGCCCGGUGAUGAUGUGCCCUUUGUCGCCAUCGAUCGCAACGCUAGCACAUCCAGUCCAGCAUUUCAAGGAUUUCUCAACUUCUGGCGUUUUAUCAUUAUUUUUCAAUCGAUUAUCCCACUGCCCCUCUAUGUUAGCAUCGAAUUUAUCAAGAUGCAUCAAGUCUGGCAUAUGAACCAAGAUUUGGAACUAUACGACGCAGCCGUGGACCGCCGCAUUGAGGUGCGCGCGUUCAACAUUCCAGAGGAUUUGGGCCAAAUUGAGUAUGUGUUCUCAGACAAGACAGGCACACUGACGGAGAACAAAAUGGAGUUCAAACGGGCUAGUAUCAACGGAAUCAAUUUUUUCAUGGAUCCAGCAGGUUUUAUCGAUUUUUACUCUGAUGGUGAAAAAAAUCGCUCAGUUUUAGCACCCGGUGCCCAACUGCCAUGCCACCCGAAGGUUGCAUGA